AUGUCAUCAGCUUAUGGGAAAAUCGAUCGACCAAAAGAAUAUGACUCAUCGAAAUUAGAAUUAUUACUGCCCAUCGAAAGUUUAACUAAAUCAAAUGAACAAGUAUCUGUUCAUUCAUUAAUAACUAUUCUAAAACAACUGGACGACGAAUCAAAAUUAAUAGCUUAUUUACAAACUUUGUUAAACAAUGAAAUUGAUGCUGGAAAUACUUAUCCGCAAAAAUAUCCACUUAAUUUAAUCGAAUUCAAAAAUUACUUUUUAUCUGGAGAUGCUUUUAUCGUUAUUAAAAGUGGAAAAAACGUACCGAUUGAUUUUUCUAAUGAUCUUGAGAAAACAAUUUUAGGUACAUUCUAUAUCAAACCAAAUUUUCCUGGUCGAUGUUCUCACAUUUGUAAUGGAGGAUUUAUCACAUCAGAAAUGCAUCGAAAUCAAGGCAUUGGUAAAAUUAUGGGAAAAGCCUUCAUUGAAAUUGUUCCAUUAUUAGGAUAUAGGGCUUCCAUGUUUAAUCUAGUAUUUGCGAAUAAUGUACCUAGUGUUCGUCUUUGGAGAUCAUUAGGAUUUCAAGAAAUCGGGAGAGUUCCAAAAGCUGGUUAUCUAAUCAAGAAAAGCGAAGCGACAAAACAAGCAAAUGCAGAAUUAAAGGAAGAAGAAGAAGAAGAAUUCGUCGAUGCUAUAAUGUUUUACUAUAGCUUUGUUUAA